AUGCCCCGGACACUCAGCGCGUCCGACAUGGUCACCCCAGGCAGCCUCGGCCCACCCCCCAGCGAGCCCACGGACAGCGAGCAAGCUGGGCAGCCCCUCCUGGAUGGAGCUCUGUCCUCAGCCUCCCUGGACACCCUGAUCCAGCACCUGGUGCCCACCACCGACUACUACCCUGAGAAAGCCUACAUCUUCACCUUCCUGCUGAGCUCUCGCCUCUUCAUCGAGCCCCAGGAGCUCCUGGCCCGGGUCUGCCACUUGUGCAUCGAGCAGCAGCAGCUGGACAAGCCAGUGCUGGACAAGGCCCGGGUCCGGAAGUUUGGCCCCAAACUGCUGCAGCUGUUGGCCGAGUGGACAGAGACAUUUCCGCGGGACUUCCAGGAGGAGUCAACCAUCGGUCACCUGAAGGACGUGGUGGGCCGCAUCGCCCCCUGUGAUGAGGCAUACAGAAAGAGGAUGCAUCAGCUUCUGCAGGCUCUUCACCAGAAGCUGGCAGCUCUGGGCCAGGGACCGGAAAACCUGCUGGGCACCGACAAGCCCGUCUCCUACAGGACCAAGCCUCCAGCCUCCAUCCACAGGGAGCUCCUUGGCAUCUGCAGCGACCCCUACAUGCUGGCUCAGCAGCUGACCCACGUGGAGCUGGAACAGCUGCGGCACAUUGGACCUGAGGAGUUUGUCCAGGCUUUUGUGAACAAGGACCCUCUGGCCAGCACAAAGCCUCGUUUCAGUGACAAGACUAACAACCUGGAAGCUUACGUGAAAUGGUUCAACAGACUGUGCUACCUCGUGGCUACUGAGAUCUGCAUGCCAGCCAAGAAGAAACAGCGGGCCCAGGUGAUCGAGUUCUUCAUCGACGUGGCCCGGGAAUGCUUCAACAUCGGCAACUUCAACUCCCUGAUGGCCAUCAUCUCGGGCAUGAACAUGAGCCCGGUCUCCAGGCUGAAGAAGACUUGGGCCAAAGUGAAGACGGCCAAGUUUUUCAUCCUCGAGCACCAGAUGGACCCAACGGGCAACUUCUGCAACUACAGAGCAGCCCUGAGAGGGGCAGCCCACCGCUCCCUGACUGCCCACAGCAGCCAGGAGAAGAUCGUCAUCCCCUUCUUCAGCCUGCUCAUCAAGGAUAUCUACUUCCUAAAUGAGGGCUGUGCCAACCGCCUCCCCAACGGACAUGUCAACUUUGAGAAAUUCCUGGAGCUGGCCAAGCAAGUAGGAGAGUUCAUCACCUGGAAACAAGUGGAGUGUCCCUUCGAGCAAGACCUCAGCAUCACCCACUACCUGCACACUGCCCCCAUCUUCAGCGAGGACGGUCUUUAUUUGGCUUCUUAUGAAAGUGAGAGCCCAGAGAACCAAACAGAAAAAGAGAGGUGGAAAUCUCUAAGGUCUUCUAUUCUGGGGAAGACAUGA